UUCGUGUUUUAGUUUGUUCCGUUCCUGCGCCUCAGACUAUAUUAAAGUUUUAUAGUGCAGCUGAUUCAUUGCCUCUUCCGGUCUAAACAAUAAUGACGACAACCGCAGUCUACUAACGUUAUGUUGAACGUAAGGAUAAACAUGAAGUGAAAGGGUAUCUUGUAGCCGUAACUCCCCGUGUUUGUAAGUUAUUUCAGUUUGAGAAAUAUAAUGGCAUAUCAUCCGGCUUCAGAUCCGGACGAAUCGUUCGAUUAUUUGUUCAAAAUCGUUUUGAUUGGAGAUGCUGGCGUUGGAAAGACGUGUGUUGUUCAACGAUUCAAGUCCGGGACCUACACAGAAAAGCAUGGGAGCACCAUAGGUGUUGAUUUUACAAUGAAAACCCUCAACAUCGAUGGAAAACUAGUAAAGCUUCAGAUCUGGGACACUGCUGGUCAGGAACGAUUCCGCACGAUAACCCAGAGCUACUACCGCAGUGCGAAUGGAGUCAUCAUUGCCUUUGACAUCAGCAAAAGACAAACGUACGAAGCAGUUCCCAGGUGGCUGGAUGAUGUGAAACGUUACGCCGGCUCUAAUGUUGUGCAGUUGCUUGUCGGAAAUAAAUGUGAUUUGGAGUCAUUGCGAGAGGUCAGCAAAGAAGAAGCGAAGAAUUUUGCCCAUUCCCAACAUUUCAUCGGUGCUCUUGAAACAAGUGCGAAGGAAAACACAAAUGUGGAUGAUACAUUCCUCAAAAUGGCCAAAGAACUGAAGAGGCGAUUUGGUGAUGACACGAAUAUGGACCCUGGCCAGCCAAGUAACAUUCACCUCAACAGCAGAUCUCUGGGAGGGGGCAAAUCAUGGCUACCAUGCUGCGGCAGCAACAGCUAACCACCCACCAGCCACCCCUGUCUUGACCCCCUCAGGCCAUACUCCUCCUCCUCUCCGUCUCUCACUGAACAAAAGUUUUCAAAAGGAUGCUGAGAUGGAAUGCAUUACUUUUUUGGUUAUGAUCAAAGAGCAUGACUCCACGUGCUGUUGCUUUUCUUUUAUCUCUGUUAAAAGACCUUUUGAAUGCUGAAUUGAUUGUUUGCUGAUUUUUUUUGUACAGGUUUUUUUUUUUUGGGUUGUUCCCGUUUUCUGUGAGGUAUGGAGACUUCACAGGUGUGGAGUCAUGUCAUUUAUGAAGAUUUUGUUUUGAGUAUGACAGGUUGCCAUAGCUGUGGAACGUUUGUUUGUUUUGUCAUUAUACAGUGGUGAUAACUUAAACAGAAAGCGGUUAAUCCAAAAAUAACAGUAAUCUAAAGGGAAACAAAAUCCUCAAUUUUUUUCUUCUUUUUUUUUCUUUUCCGUAUAAGACAACUUUCGAUUUGCCGAAACGCUCUUAUUUCAUAAUUGAAAAGAGAUUUAAGGGUCAUGUCGUCUAAUUUUUCUCUGGCAACUUUUCAAGCAAUACAAAUCAUCAAGUAAUAUGCACUUCAAGAUAGCCAAACAAGAGAAAGAGAUAGGAGAAUGCAUUUGUGUCAAGUACAGGCCCUUAGAGAGGCUUCACCAGUGUACUGUUUGCCUAUGUUUAUCAGUAUUAUCACACACAUCAGUAGGCCUACAGCUACCCUAAGAUUGGGAAUGUACGUCUGCUGUGCGACCUUUGGUGGGUCAUGGCCUGUUGCCCGUGUGUUUCAUAACGUCAGUGGCAUUGGGCUUUCUGACUUCUCUAGCACAGAACACAGUACAGUGUACUAUUGGGUCUAUUUUGUAUUGACUUCUAGUCGAAGUGAAAUGCAAGUUCAAUACAUACAUUCUGCAGCUCAAACAUUACAGUUACUGAAAGAGGUAAAGGAGAAAAAAAAAAUUUUCAAACAUGAUAUUUGUUGCAAGCGUAGCACCCCCAACUCUCCACUGUCAACAACUAUUGCAGGGAGAGGAAGAAUUGAAAUAGGACAAAGAACAGCGAGGUUGGCCAGCCCUCCUCGAAGGAGUUAAAGAAAAGAAGUUGUGACGACACUAUUGGGGCUAUCUCUUUCAACUGAAAAUGCAACUAAACUGAAGAAAACGUAAUAGUUGCAUUGAUUUCAGUUUAAACUAUCUCUACUGCAUAUGUUGUUUUUUUCACCUGGGCUGGGGCGGAGGGGGGGGGGGAGUAAAUGUCGCCCUGGUUUAUGGAUGACCUUGGGACUUUAGGGGAAUUGUGUAAGGCUUGUCAUUGGUACUUUUAGUACUUUUGUUUGAUAUCUAAGAAUAGACAAGCACAUCGACAAAAUAAAGGUCAUUUUAUGCUGGGUAAAUGUAAGACAAACCAACAGACCAAAACAA